ACUGAAAUUUUAAUACCGAAAUACCUGCUUGUUCCCUUCCCAAUUGCAACACACACUAUUUGACAUUUCUCAAAUUCCAUAUUCCCACCAACCCCUUGUCACUUUCCUCGGGUAAAUAGAAGCCGUCAAAGUCAAUUUCCAUGGUACAGUGAUGGUGAUAUUGAUUCUAUUCUACUUGUAUGACCUGUUGUUUCUUUGAUUACUUCCAUCCACUCUGAUUGUUGCUUUGGCUGUUGCCUUCCAAUUUGUCAUUGCGGAUUUUGAAAACAAUGACAAGUUGCUCAUCUGGAGUUAGUCUGUCUCGAUUUAGAAAUUCAAGAAAUGUUAUGUUUACUCAUAUUAAAGCAUCAAGGUGGAAUUUUGUUAAGAUUCAAGGCAACACCAGCAAUGGGUAUUUGAUGUGCAAGAGCAACAUGCUCAGAUUUUCAGUCAGGAGCUUGUUGAGUGAAGAGAGUGAGUCGCAAUCUGGUGUUAGUGUAAGUGAAUUAUUGAAAGGGAGUGACCUCUCAAGUGUGAGCAAAGACGCUAAUGUUCUGGAUUCCAGUCAUAUAGCCUCAACAGAUAGUUUUAGCGGUGGUGGUGGUGGGGAUUUAGUGGAUGGGAACGGCGGAAAUGGGAGAUUUACAGGUGGGGGUGGAGGUGGUAAUGAAAAUGGGGGAAAUGGUAAGGAAGAAGAUGAGUUCGGGCCGAUUCUGAAGUUUGAGGAAGUAAUGAGGGAGGCUGAGUCCCGUGGUGCUAAUCUUCCUGCUGACAUGUUAGAGGCUGCAAAGAGUGUGGGGAUUCAGAAAGUCCUGUUGCUUAGAUAUUUGGACUUGCAGGGAUCUGUGUGGCCUUUAGGACCUGCUAUCAGGUCGUGCUCUAUGCUUAGGAAUCGAAUGCUGGUCGAUCCAUCGUUUCUUUUCAAAGUUGGAACAGAGAUUGUUAUCGAUACUGCCUGUGCAACAUUUGCCGAAGUUCAAAAGAGAGGAAAGGAUUUCUGGGCAGAAUUUGAACUGUACGCUGCAGAUAUGUUGGUUGGGGUUGUCGUUAAUGUUGCUUUAGUUGGUCUGUUAGCACCAUAUGCACGGAUUGGACAACCUUCUACAUCUCAAGGAUUUCUUGGGCGUCUCCAGAGAUCUUAUGGAGCUCUUCCAAGCAGUGUGUUUGAAGCGGAAAGGCCAGGGUGCAAGUUUACAAUAAACCAGAGAAUGGCUGCAUACUUUUAUAAGGGAAUUCUUUAUGGACUUGUGGGGUUUGGAUGUGGUAUUGUUGGCCAAGGAAUUGCAAAUUUAAUAAUGACUGCCAAACGGAGUGUAAAGAAAUCAGAAGAAGAUGUACCUGUUCCUCCUCUGAUAAAGAGUGCAGCACUAUGGGGUGUUUUCUUAGGAGUAUCUUCAAAUACGCGAUUGCAGAUUGUGACUGGUUUGGAGAGGCUAGUGGAAUCAUCACCAGCAGCAAAGCACUAUCCACCCGUAGCAAUGGCAUUCACCGUUGGCGUGCGGUUCGCCAACAAUGUCUAUGCCGGGAUGCAGUUCGUGGAUUGGGCCAGGUGGAGUGGUGUCCAAUAACUGUACCCAUGGUUUCCAGUUGAGACAAUUCAAUUCCUAAUUUCCCCCCAUGGGAAAACAGAAUAAUAAAUUAUUAUAUAUCAUGUGUUUUGUACUAUUAGAAUACAUUACUGUUAGUAGAGGGAGAGCACCAUAAGCUAAAGGUCUUAUUGGCUUUUAGAUUUUCAAUAAGAGAUGUAUUUAUAAUCUAUUCGCGCUACAUGCAUCAUACGUCCUAAUAUAUACCUAUAAAGGUGAUCUGAAACUGUUCUGAUGUUAUGUGCUCAUAGAUAAGUUCCUUUCAUAGAUCAAUUGUGUAUAUAUAUUCGUCUACUAUAAGUAUUAUUUAUAUUGUUA